GGUAUGUACUAAGCUUUCUGCAAGCUCAUUGAAGUGCGACAUCUGAAGCUUCUUAGCAACAAAACACUUAGGAGCGCUAUAACUUUCCCACCAUGGCUGAUCGGAGACGAAUUAAUGGCCCAGUAGGUCAAACGACUCCUCCCGUCUACGAUACGCCUCAAGGGAAAAGAGUAGCAAAGCGUCCGGGCGACAAUGACGUUCGAAAGAUCUUUCUGAAAACAGGAGUUACUCCUUCAGCUUCAGGAUCUGCAUAUCUGGAAAUCGAAGACCCAUUUGCGAUCCGUCCUUCAGGCACGAGCUUGAAGCUUACCUGUACUGUUCAUGGACCUCGAGCACUUCCGCGAUCUGCGCCUUUCUCUCCUCAUAUCAUCCUUUCGACGCACGUCAAAUAUGCACCUUUCGCGACGAGACAAAGACGAGGUUACCUACGCGAUUCAAGUGAGAGGGAUCUCGGAGUCCAUCUAGAAACAGCAUUACGAGGCGCAAUUAUCGCGGAUCGUUGGCCUAAAAGUGGUGUCGACAUCAUCGUCACCAUAAUUGAAGGAGACCAGAAUCGUGACUCUCCCGAUUACGAUAGAGACGAAGGUUGGGACAUGAUGAAUGUCUUAAGUGGUUGUAUAACCGUUGCCUCUGCGGCUAUUGCGGACGCUGGCAUCGACUGCGUGGAUACUGUCGCAGGAGGCGUUGCGGCUUUAGCAGCUCAGGACGAGAAGAGCCAGCCAAGCAUCGUCCUUGAUCCGGAUGUUGCCUCAUAUCACAAGAUAUUUGCAGCGUGUUGCGUCGCAUACCUGCCGACAAGGGAUGAAGUAACUAACGUCUGGUUCAAGGGUCAAUUGCCCGCUGCGGACGCUAUGCUCUACAACAAAAUGGUUGAGAGAAGCCUUGUAGCAUGCCGCAAUGCGAACCGCGUCCUCAUCCAGGCUUUAAAUGAGACAGUUGAUAAAGGGAAAAAUGUCUCUUAAGCUAAACUAGCCAUGAUGUAGAGCAUAUACCAACCGGCGGAUGUGGAUCCAGAUUGCGAGGUGACUUCAGGGCUAUGAUAGAAACCCCAUGCUGGACUGUCUAGGUGAUGAUGAAAUAUCGAGUUGGGAGUAUAACUUCCCAGGAAGAAGCCAUUCUCACCCACAUGAAUUUCUACGGCGUCUGUUACAUGCUGUUAAUAGUGUGGCAACUUAAUAGGGCCUCCUAGAAGGAAAGGGCAUGUCACGAUGACAGACGGCAGAAGCUAAAGAUGUUAGCAAAAGUAAACCCGUUACUCGUGGUUAUUACGAAUCCGUAAAAGAAAUGGAUCGUAUGGACGUUGGCGUGAAUAACUGAGCUGCUGAGGUCUUAAACGUCUCUUGCUCGCGCGCUAGUGUUUUAGGUAUACCGAGCCUAAAAUAUAGAUGCGGUGGUGUGCGAAGUAGAGCUAUUCAUGAUCCAAUUUCUAUAAUAAAUAUAAGAAGCACUUUUGAGUGCUUAAGCUAUCAAUUAAUAUGCAUCGACUUCAA